AGCGCGCGUUGAUGUCAAUCAAAAUAUUGUUUUAUCCAUCUGUCUUCCUCCCAUCCACUUUCACUCUGGAUUUCUUCACCUUUCUUAUCGCCGUGAAUAAUGCAGAGACAUAGUUUUACUGCCUUGAACUCCACUUUUGUAGUUGACUCUGAAUAUCAAUUUGUCAAGGAGCUCGGCCAAGGUGCUUAUGGUUGCGUCGUAGCUGCCAGACAUCGACGAACUGGGGAUGGAUGUGCAAUCAAGAAAAUCACUAAUAUCAAUACUAAACGCAUCCUCACGAAGCGGUGCUUGAGGGAAAUCAGGUUAUUGCACCACUUUAGGGGUCACAAAAAUGUUCGUUAUCUAACAUUCGUUGUCGUAUCCAGCCAACGUCCAUAUCUUUCAAUCUUCAUUCUAACAUGGACUCGGAGACGGGGCCCAACCGUCCAAUAUCGGAAAUUUAUAUGUUUACAUGACCAGCGCCGCAAUACGCACCGAUCUAACUUUCUUUUGCAGAUUACUAGCCUCUACGAUAUGGAUAUCGUAUUCCAACCAAACGGCAAUUUUGAUGAAGUGUAUCUUUAUGAAGAGUUGAUGGAGGCCGAUCUGCACGCUAUUAUUCGUUCAGGCCAACCUCUCACUGAUGCCCACUUCCAGUCAUUCCUUUACCAAACUCUUUGCGGCUUGAAAUAUAUUCAUUCCGCCAAUGUCCUGCACCGGGAUUUGAAGCCUGGUAACCUACUUGUCAAUGCGGAUUGCGAGCUCAAAAUCUGUGAUUUCGGUCUUGCGCGAGGAUACACUCCAGGGAGUGGAACCUCUAAAGUAGCGGGUAAUCAAGGAUUCAUGACCGAAUACGUCGCUACGAGAUGGUACCGAGCCCCGGAGAUCAUGUUAAGCUUCGCCAACUAUACCACUGCCAUUGAUGUUUGGUCAGUUGGAUGCAUACUUGCUGAGCUUUUGGGCGGGAAACCCAUUUUUAAAGGCCGAGAUUACGUCGACCAAUUGAAUCAAAUUCUACAUUACCUUGGCACACCUUCGGAGGAAACCCUUCGACGCGUUGGUUCUCCUCGAGCUCAAGAUUACAUUCGUUCUCUGCCCAUCAAGCCGCGUGUCCCAUUUUCUACGCUGUAUCCGCAUGCAAAUCCCCUUGCCAUCGAUCUGCUGUCGCAGAUGCUGCGUUUUGACCCGGCUAAGCGUAUCAGUUGUGAUCAAGCACUUAACCACCCGUACUUGCAAGUCUGGCAUGAUCCCACUGAUGAGCCCACGUGUCACUCAAAAUUUGAUUUCAGCUUUGAAGAGGAGGACAGUAUUGACGGAAUGAAGAAGUUGAUCGUCGAGGAAGUCAACGCAUUUCGUGCGGAGGUGCGGGCUCAGGCUCGUGCUGCGAGCCAGAUCCGUAGGCAGGACAGCCUACCCAUCCCCUCCCGAGAGGAAAUUCUCAAUUCCCCGAUGCAGGGACAAGAGGGGACUACGUCCAACUUCACUGCGCCUCCUCAAAACCAGCGACCACCUAGUCCCGUCAUGGAUGAUCCCAGCGAAAUGCUGGAACGAGAGUUGGCUGGUGCGCAUAUUAGCGACCGAUAGAUUGACCGAUUUAGCUGAUUCGUUGAAUCUGGAUCUCCCCAACAUCCUUCCCUCUCCUCUGUUACUCCCCAUUUUCGAACCACCGCAGGUCGAUAAGACUGUGAUACGUGAUGACAGCGUACAAACGGACGAUGGUGCACUCUGGGCAUUAUGCCUGUGUGGAU